CAUAAGGAAAUUAUUUCCGAGGAAGAUAUAAAAAAAUGUAUUCAACCGAUACUUUAUCGACUAAAGACCCUAAAUCUCUGCAAUGUAAGGUGUUUUUUGAACUGAUGAUGUUUUUGUGUAACCGCGGAAGGGAAAACCUUCGCAAUAUGACCAAAGAAGAUUUUGUAGUAAACACUGGUGCUAGUGGGAGGAGAUAUGUAGUAAAGUGAAUCCAAGACUCACUAAAAAUCACCAGGGUGGAACAGAUGACGUGGAUGAUGGUGGUGGUAGGAUGUUCGAAAAACCAGAUUAUGUAUGGACUGAUAUGAUGAAGAAAAGCACAAGAUGAAUAUAAAAACCAUUCGGAGCAUUCGUACUAACAGUACUACAAAUCUCAGACCACGAAAUGCAGUCAGAAAGGAGUUUGGAGAUGCUUUCCUCUUUAGUCCAGUGAACAUUGUCGCAACUAACGGAAACCACGCUUUUGAGCACGUGCGUGUGGCCCCAGAGAAGAGUCCGGUCAAAGCAAAGAUGGACGUGGAUUGCGACCUUCAGUGUCCAAUCUGCUUAGAGCUCUUUUCUUACCCCAUUAUUCUUCCAUGCUCCCAUGUGCUAUGUAGAUCUCCAUGUGCUGAACAUCUAUUCGAUUUCAAUUUUAUACGAUGCCCAGUUUGUCGUGAUAACUGUUAUGUGAGUGGAGGAAUCUCUAGCUUACCAAGGGUUAUAGCUCUGGAAAAUAUUAUAGAAAGAUACAAAGCGGACAGGAGUACGCGAGAAAGCAGUGAAAGUGCCCAAGAAAAUACCCAAGACGCUUCACAUCUAGACACUUCCAUCUCUAGUCAAUCGGAUGCAGGAAACGAGUCCUCAAUACUCUGUCACCUUUGCAAUUCGGUAUCAAAGAAAAAAGCCAAAAAGUCUUGCCUUGAUUGCAACGUAUCGUACUGCUCCAACUGUCUUCUUCUUACUCACCAGAAGAAAGACCCAUUCAACACCCACGAACUGGUUUCGCCAAGGGAUGAUUUCAAUCGAUCUUUGACUGGUCUUUGUUCAAAUCACGCAGAACAACUGACCUUGUAUUGUAAAGAUUGUUACGUACCAACAUGCACCGCUUGUAAAGAUUCUGGUGUACAUAAAAGUCACGUGAUGAUCACUAUAGAUGACGCCUAUACAGACAUCAAGGCUUCAGUUGUAAAGAAUCUUCAGAAACUAGGCAGUAGUCAAGAUAGGGUGACAUCAGCUCUUCACAAUCAGAGAGAUAAUUUAAAAGAAAUGCAGCAAAAAAUAGAUAGGAAGAGAAGCGAAAUCAAUGCACAGUGCGACAUGCUUUUGGCUGAAAUCGAAAACAAGAGAAGUUUCUUCCUAGCAGACCUUGAGUACGAGGAACGUAUAAGACAAAAUGAACAGGAAGAACUGAUAAAAGUAAUGGAACGGAUCUUAGGGUCUUCACAGGCGUUACACAGUUACACAUCAGAGGUGCUUAACGAGGAUGUCAGCGAAUUUUUGGAGGUGGCGAAUCCACUGAGUGAAAAAUUAGUGAAGGCCACGGUAGAUUGUGAGACUGCGCAGUUUCAGCCGGCGGAAUGUGACGUCUUGCCUGGUAAACUUGUGGAUUUCAGAAAGGAAAAAAACAUCAUCAGAGAAAUGAAUUAUUUACUCGCACCCGUAACACCAAGCAUUGACGUCACGCGAUGUUCCAGGAGUGAAGACACUGUUGUUUUAGUUCUAUCCCCUCCCAGAAACGCCCAUGACGUCAUAAACCAAUACGAAAUUCACUACUGUUCAGAGGAGCAAAAGAGCCUAGAAAUUGAGGAUACAUUGAUCGUGAAAAAUGUCCCUGAAGAUAGACUUGUCGGGAAGAAUGUACCAAAUUGCUCGGGAGUAGUUGUGGUAUUAGUGGAAAAUCUAUGCAAAUCAACGACAUACUAUUUCUGUGUGAGUGCUAGCAAUCAGGCAGGAAGAAGUGCUAAUUCGGAAGUCGUUCAGUGUACAACACUGCUGCCGGGGGAAAGUGUCAUUCCAGUGCCUGUUAUUGUUGAGAGCCUCUGUCGACAGUUUGCGACAUCGGUACAGAUAUACAGCUCCAGCCCACAAGAUGUCGCUUCUGAGCAACACAUAUCUCAUUUCCUGCUGUAUCGCCCUCUAGGUCAGAGCCGGGCGUGGAAAACUCUGUCACUGUAUGGAAGGCAGGACCAUAGGGUGUUCGGUUUAAUGGCAAGCUCAGAAUAUGAAUUUUUGAUACUGGGGUGCAAUCAAAGAGGUGAAUGUCAGGUAUCUAACAGAGUAAUAGUUCAAACGGAGCAAUCCUAAUGACGUUUGAGUUUAAAGAAAUAUGUAGAAUGCUUUUUUAAUUGAACGUUUCUUUGCAAAUAUUUUAGUGAUAAUAACAGUUUCAAAAUGUAGAAAUGCCAUUUUCUUUAGUUAAUUAUUUAUUUAUGCGAACACUAAGUAGCCUGAUAUUAUUUAUUGUGAUGACAUUUAUUAGUUUUUAAGUAUAUCAUCACUAUUACAAAUCUCUUCUAUUCAUCACUUUCCUAUUUAUAAUCAUAUGAAUAUGUCCAUCUCGUUCCAUUCUUUACUUUGUCGUUCCUUAAAAUGCAGGAUCCAUCUAUUCUAUAUACGGUGAUAGUUGUGUAUAGAAACAUUGCAUGUUUUAUUUUGUACAGUAUACAGGGAAAUUUUCGCUCCGUUUUAAUUUUGCCCUUACACAUUGGACAAAGAUUUUCCCAGGUUUGAAUUCUUGCUAUGUUAAACUGAUCACAUGAUUGAGAUAUAUUAGAAACAGAACGUCAUUAUAAUAGUGGCUACCCACUCGGAUCACCUCGGCCGAUUCCAUUUAAUUACAGUGUAGAUGUAGGGUACCGGAAUCUACCGAAUGAGUGGAUAGCCUACUGAAUUAUGUUGCGUAUAUUAUAAUAGGAAAUGCCUCUAUACAUCUAACUGUUUGUACAUUUUCUGAUAUCAAAAUUCGAAUGAGAAAAUCCCUGCGACAUGAUUUUUGUUCUAUUUUAUCAUGAAUUUUUCCCCAUUACAUUGAAGAAAGAAAUAUUCAAAAUAACAUUUCACAGUUCUGUGGAAUUCUUGAAUAAUGAUUAGCAUUUAAGGUACUGUUUUAUAGAUCAUGAUGGCAGUUAGAGAAGUGCGAGAGCAAAUAGUUAAAUGUCGCCAUAGUUUAACAGUGAAGUAAGAUUGAGCACUUCCCAUGGUGCAUGCCGUAUUAAGCCCACAAAAUACAUACAGUUUAUUCAAUGCGUCUAAAUAAAAUCAUAGACGCGUUUUCUUAUCAAAUAAGUUCAAUUUUCUAAGAACAGUAAAAACAGAAUAUUCGUAGUAAGUUUUCACUUAUUGAUUAUAUUAUGUCUAGACUACAAAAUGAAAAGAUACUGAAAAUUUAUUGAAAGGGUACCCAAUUCCCAUAUAUUUGGUGUAAAUUUCUGAAUGAAAUUAAUUUCAGAGAAAGUUUUUAAAACUCCUAUGAGGUGGUAUUCAUCAAUUUUGACUUGUUUUCAUGGGAGAUAACCCUUCCAUGUUCGUAACUCACUUCAUUGACAAAAACCCUCACAUGCAUUGAGGGUCCCCUAUACCACAUACGAGUAAAUAAAUAUUCACAAAUAACAAUUUGUUGUCUCUGCCUUGCUAAUCCUUAAGAUAACGAAGGGAGUUACUUAUAUUAGCUUAGUUUUACGCCUGUAAGGGCAAAUUGGGCGAAAAUAAAAUGGAGACGAAAUUUAUCCUGUAUACUUAUUAGUUGUGUGUGCACGAUUCCAAACGCUAGUCAGAUUUUGAUAUUGUUGGAUUGUUGUUUUAUUGAGUUUGAAAAUGCCGCUAAAAGCCAAACUUAAAUAUUAAAAUAGUUGUCAAUUUAGAAAAGACAUACGUGUAUUAUGUAUUUAUUAUGCAUUGAUGUGAUAUUUUUAAGUACAGAUUAAGAAAAACAAAGUUUUUCUUAAUAAAUUAGAAUUGCUUUAUACAUGUAUCAAAUUAUUACGUUUAAAAAUCAACCAAUAAGCAGUUACAUUUUGGGCAUUUGAAAAGGCUCAUCAUAAAAUUCACAAAACUUUCAAUUUGAAUAUAUGAAAUGAUCAACGAUUUCGUCAAUCUUUCAAAAAAAAUUUGUUUGUCAAAUUUGUUUUUCAGAAAUUAUUUAGUACAUGUGAACUGCAGUUAGCUGGAGAUGUUUGUAAAUAUUCUUGAAAUCGAUAGAGUACAUUUAUUUAUAUGCACGGUGCUUUUUUCUACUUACAAUGUGCACUGCAACACGAGUAGAAGUAAGCUUCAUACGUCACACUGUUGAAAACACGUCUUGUCGAGUUGUUAACCACAAAUUCAGAUGUAUCCACGGCUGUUGAUUAAAUAUUGAUAAAGCAGCU